UGACGGUCUUCUCUCAUCUAAACAACACCACGUGACCGGAUGUUAUUAAGUAUUAUGGCGACGUCAGUGAAAAAUAGAACGAGAUGUUGAUCGGCGCAUAGCAGCGGGUUCGUUAGCUUCACUAGGUAGCUCAGCUGGUUAGCUUCAGUAGGUAGCUCAGCUGGUUAGCUUCACUAGAUAGCACAGCUGGUUAGCUUCACUAGGUAGCUCAGCUGGUUAGCUUCAGUAGGUAGCUCAGCUGGUUAGCUUCACUAGGUAGCUCAGCUGGUUAGCUUCACUAGAUAGCACAGCUGGUUAGCUUCACUAGGUAGCACAGCUGGUUAGCUUCACUAGGUAGCACAGCUGGUUAGCUUCACUAGGUAGCAAAGCUGGUUAGCUUCACUAGAUAGCACAGCUGGUUAGCUUCACUAGAUAGCUUCACUAGGUAGCUCAGCUGGUUAGCUUCACUUGCUAGCUCGGCUCCUCUCCAUGGCGUCCCCCGCGGGACUCCCGCCGCUCUGUACGGACCGAGCUGCUUCUUCGUCGGGCUCUCACUCUGGGGCCAGGCCGCCUCUCCGGCCCCAGCACCUGCCUGCGGCUCACUCCACCCCGGGCUGUGUGAUGGGGGAGUCGGUGGACGACGCGGAGGGUCUGUACGUGGCGGUGGAGCGGUGCCCCCUGUGCAGCACCUCCCGCCGCAGGCUCACCUGUGCCCGCUGCGUCCAGGCCGGAGACUUCGUGUACUUCGACGGGAGGAACACGGAGAGGUACGUGGACAAGCUGGAGCGGCUGAAGAAGCUGAAGGGAGAGAAGCAGGAGCUGCAGCAGAGAGUCAUUGGGGCCAUGGACCGGAAGCUGCAGGCGGAUGAGAUGAAAUGGAAGCUGAUGUCGUGCAGGAUGAAGAUCGAGCAGCUGAAGGAGGCGGUGUCCUGGGGAGACGAGGAGGUGAAGAGCGAUAAAGACCUACACUUGCGCUCCCAGGAGGACGGUCAGCGGCUGCAGCGGCGGGCCGGACGUCACCAGGAGAAACGGGACAAAAUCGAGCGUCACAACCGGCGUCUGGGGGAGCUGCUGGAGAGACGCAGCCGGGAGCUGCAGAGCCGACUGAGUCAGCUGGCUGCUCUGAGACGAGAGCACAUCCUGGAGCUCACCACACACAUGUUCUCCACCCAGGAGGAGAAGCAGGGCAGCAGAGACCCCGCGGAUGUGGUGACAGAGUCUGACCUUGCUCUGACCUCCAGCACGGUGAGUGAGUUGGCCGAGGCUCGGAGGACCACCUACCUGUCCGGACGCUGGAUCUGGGAUGACCAGAACGGGGAGACCAGCAUCAGCAUCACAGGGGCCCCCGUCACCCUGCCCAGCAACGGAGACUGCUCCGCCUACUACAGCUGGGUGGAGGAGAAGAGCAUCAGCCAGGGCCCAGAGCUGGACCACAUUAACCCGGCUCACACCAUCAGUGCUGCUCUCUGCUACGCCACGCAGCUCGCCACCAUCCUGUCUCACAUCCUGGACGUCAACCUGCCCAAGAAGCUGUGCAACAGUGAGUUCUGUGGAGAGAACCUGAGCAGAUACCGAUUCACCAGAGCUCUGAGCAAACUGAACACCAACAUCCUCCACCUCUGCUUCUCCCAGCAUGUCGACAGUGACAAGCUUCACCCUCAUCACACUCUGAGGAACAUCAUGUUUCUGGUUUCCCCAGACAAUGACAACCUGGGCAGGACGGGUCCAUUCGAGGUCAGUGCUGACCUGGAGGAGUCGAUGGAGUUUGUGGAGCCGGAGGCGGCCGGUCCGACGGAGGAGAGUGGAGAUGAGGCGGUGACGGACGAGGAGACGGACCUGGGGACAGACUGGGAGACGGUGCCCAGUCCACGUUUCUGUGACAUCCCAUCACAGUCCAUGGAUCUUUCCCAGAGUGCUUUGCAGGUCUCCCAGCCCUCUGCUAACUCUGGGGGGAUGAUCUCGUCUGCCGCUGCUUCCGUCACCUCCUGGUUCAGAGCUUACACCGGCCAGCGAUGAUCCACCCAGACUGGAGCAUGAACCAGGACCGGACUGGGGUCAGAGGACUGGGGUCAGAGGACAGGGGUCAGAGGACAGGGGUCAGAGGACAGGGGUCAGAGGACUGGGGUCAGAGGACUGGGGUCAGAGGUCAGCCAGUGGACGAGGACCCUGAACACACGUGAUGGACUUCAAACACCUGCAUCCAGUCAAAAUGAAUGAAAAUGUCCAGAUUAACUUCAUCAGCAGUUUAACAGACUAGAACUCACUCAUCCUCACAGGUUGAUGUAUUUUGACUUUGGUAUAAAGUUACUUUGUGUUACUCAGUUUAGCAUUAAGCCGUUAGCAUUUUAAAAUGGUUUUUAAUGUCUCAUCUUUACCAGUUUACUCAAAUGAUUGAUCCCAGUGAAGCUGGAUCUCUGGAGUUGUGAAUAAAGUUUUAUUAAAAGAAUGACAAACAAAUUACUUUAUUAUCAAAGUUGAUGUGCUGAUUAUAAAAGAAGGAAGUCACCGCUGAUGUUUUGUGUGAAUAUAAAUAAUAGACAGAACUCUAUAAAUAUGUUUGUUAAUAAAUCACAUCAAACACAA